CAAGCUAUUCGUCUUAAUGAUUGGCCAUAUUUGUCUGUCCGGAAGUCUGAAAAGAGCUUUCCGAGUUUCUGAUUUGCAAUUGGGCUGUCUUUCACUCAGAAAAGCCCUUCUGUCCCACUCACCGGGACCAUGAGUGGGUUUAUCAAGGGCCGGUGGGUGGUGAAGAGCCCACGGCGGCACACAAGGGAUCAGCGACGAUGAAACAGAACACAGUCCUAGCCGCCGUCACUUGCUAGCCGUCUCUCCAUGUGAAUAAAGGUUUCGCCCAUUCAUUUGUUUAGAAAUUUCUCGGAUGUUACUUCAGCUCUCAAACAUCCCUUACCUUGUUUGACUAAAUUCUCCGCCCAUGUGCUGCCAGAUCUCGCUCUCGAAAAGAGCUUCAUUCAUCCACACAUACCCCUCUAAGUCCUCCUCACUUUCUAAAAGGUCUCGGUCCCAGCAGUCAUCAAGCAACCUUGUGAGAGAUGGGUUUCUUCAAGCGUCUCCGAUCUAAAGUCAAAAAUUCCGGUAGAAGCAAAAAGUCAGGGUACCUUGAUCAAGAUGCAUAUCAUCAGUACUGCGGCAGACCUGCUAGGGACUACACAAAAAGGCUCCCCCCAACGUUGCUCCACAGCAUCUUUGCCAGUGUAUGCCCGCAUUCGCUCGAUGAUUCUCUUACCUCGUCAGAGGAGUCAGUCACGGUAAAUGACUGUAUGCUUUGUGAUAUGCGCGACCUGGCUCACUGUGCGCUUGCUUGCCGCGCAUGGUGCCGUGUUGCCCAGGAAUUACUAUAUCAGCAUGUCCGCAUCGACGCCGUCCACUACUGCGAACUCGAGAUCGAAUUGGCCGCGAAGCGAAAGAAGUCCUCAUGGUUAAACCACAAUGCAGAUCCUAUCGAUGCCCCGAGAACACGUCUACUGCUAUUUAUGCGGACCGUCAGAGAGUCAACGGACCUAGGAGAGCUGGUUCUCUCCUUGCGCAUGCCCUACAUGACACGGGAAGCGAGCAAGAGCGAGAUAGCACGGACAAUUUCUGUUCUUCCAAAUUUACGAUAUGUCGACCUGCCGGCUGGAGUUUUCACGGACGAUGCAGCGUCGCAUUUCCUCAAGGUGGAAUUGAUGGCCAGGUGCCCCGAUCUUCGCCGCAUGAAAUACGCUCAUGGAUCCGAACGGAGCCUUUCUACGAUCCCGCACAAGCAACCUUGGGCAAAUAUCGAAGUCCUGGAACUCUCCAAGAUCGCUGUCGAGCCGUCGUUGCUGCGCCAAGUGCUCGGCUGCUUCCCGCAACUACAAGACCUGAAGCUAGAGGAAAUGCAAUGGCUGGAGAGCUCCAUUUUCGAGCUCAUGCCUUCGUCGCCACCGUUUCCAUCGUUGCAGCGACUUACCCUGCAAGAUACCCCGAACGUCACCGCCAGGGGGCUAGCGGCCUACCUUUCUACACCUCAGAAUAUCCGUGCUCUGAAGCACCUUUCACUCCUUACCACCGGCGUUGUGCCACAAGAGCUACAUGAAAUCCUAACGCGAGCCACCUCCCUCGAAACACUGUCUAUAAUCCACGAGGUCACCCGUGCGUUUCCGACCGGAAGCGUCCCACUCCUGUGUUCCACAUCCUUAACACUCCUCCACUACGAAAUCACCUCCGAGCCGGGCGCCUAUGGUGCUCAGCCAGUCUCCGCGUCGUACUACACAUACCUGAUGUCGUCUCUCCUCGCGGGCGACCUUCCGGCCUUAAACGUCCUUUACGUGCGUGACGCCCACUUCUCAGAGACAUUAAUGCUCGCCCCUCCACCGCGACUGCUAGGCGGCGGCGAAGGCGGUCCCCAGUCAGUCGGGAGAGGUUUCAACCAGUUGCUCGCUGUGUACAGCAAGGGUAUGGACGAGCUGGAGUGGAACUUCACGACCUAUGAACCUUUCGCUGGUUCUGAACGGCGUACAAGUGUUGCACGACCGCUCAGCCUCCACGGGGCGCAGCUAGGGCCGAGCUGGGGGGAGAACGCCCGUGAGAGUGUGCUUAUGAAUAACGGGGUCAACGGGUUUCUCGCUGUACCGUCAGACCAGCGGCCGAAGAGUAGCAGUGGAUGGUCGCAAAAGGGCGCGCGGAGGGAUCUAUGGCGGUAGAUGCUCGAGUGUUCACGCGGCUAUCUUUUUGAUUUUUUUUAGCUUCCUUUUUCCUUUUCUUAUUCCUUUUCUGUGUCGACGGCUGGAAUGACGACGUAAUGACUAAUGUGCCUUUAUUCUUGCGCAUCUGCAUAGCUAAUUGGAAUUUUGUUCCUUCUCUUUGUG